CUGCUCUUCAAUUUCUUUCCUCCCUUUCCUCUGCUCGUACGUCCACUCUGCUUGGUGGCUUGCACUAGGUCGCUCAGAAGGUCCGACGCGGUUAUCGACUUCCAGCGCCGGAAAACUGCCCACGCUCAGUCUAUCGACUGAUGAGUGAUUGCUGGAAUGAGGAUAAGCACCGUCGGCCGACGUUCUCUGAUAUUGUGUUAUGCGUGGAGCAAAUACAGUCUACAGGCAAUGCGCAGAGAGGGGCAUCAUCAGCGAAGGACAGUUCAGCAUCAGACUCGCUCACCAAAGUGACGGCAUUCAGUGGCGAGGGCGAUGUCAGCCGGGGGGCAACCGACAGUGCGUCUCCGGUCGCUGCCAGUCCCUCUAUGGACAGCUUUGACGUGGACUGCACAAGUGCUCCUGGUCCCGUGUAUGACACUGCGGUAGACGGAUGCAGUGCUAAGCGUGGAUCCUACGCCACCGUGGCGUAUUCCGAUGGCUCCUCUCACCGCGUCAACAACACUAACCAUGGUGGCGGCACGAUGAGCUCGAAUGAGUUCGAUGAUUAUGAUGACGUCAUUGUUCGUGGCAAUCGCCGCCUAUCCUGCACGGUGUCCAACGUCUAGCCUACUGUAUGUUAUGCACAAGACAUCAGUCAGUGCGUGUUGAGCCAGUCAUCAUAGCAUGUUUUAUCUACAUAUCAACUUGAUUCAAUAGCUGUCCCCCUGAUCUCCCAUCGGCACGCAUGAUGAUCUUCGACAUUUACCCUACUUGUACUCCCAGCAUUGGCAUGAUCAUAGAGUUCAUUGGCAUGAUCAUAGAGAGUUACUGCCAGCAUUGGCAUGAUCAUAGAGUUCUUUUAGCACACGCGUGCAUCUAGGUAUAACCACUACUCCACACUUGCUCCCCGUUAGUGUUACCCGCUAUAUUCUUGUGUUAUGAUUAUUAUACGUAGUGCGGUGGGUAACGGAGAACGUUCUUCUUCCACUCCCUACAAUGUCCGCUCGACCGUGUAGGCUUGUUGCUCAGUUCUCUAUCAAACAAACAAUCGUGCACGUCAUCCAAAUAUAGAUCUUCCUAUUAUUUUAUCCCUUGGCAAUGGCAGCCAUGGUAACCCAGCUUGAAUAUUAUACAGCAACACCCCUGGGCGAAAGUCUUUUCAGCAACUCUUCUGAAGUACAUAGUGUCAUAGAUCUA